UAGAGUGCAGGGAGUAGAUCGCCCACGAGCCAGUCGACGCUUCACUGCUCAAGACGCCAUUGUACGGGUGCACGGUCUUUGCCAUACUUUGAUCAUCCUAUAAGUCAAUCUGUACGUCUGUAAAGUUUUUGCAACGACCAUGGCGUUUCCUGCUGGACUGAUCGAACUCGAUGAGAAGCCAUUCUACGAGAGUUAUGCCGAGGACUCCUGCAGUUCAUCGUCAUCAGAGGCAGUCAUGUCACCUCCGAAGAUGCUGAACAACUUUACCAACGUUGCCGUUCCCGGUGAGUACGAUAGUUGGGCUACAGGCUUCACAGAUUUCGCCAACUACCAGACAGAACCCUUUUACGCUUCUAGUAGCGACAGCUGCUCCAGCAGUAUGGAGCAAGGUUCGUCUGUGGCAUCGUACGAUAUGAACCAGAUAACAAACUUUCCUACUGAACUUCACAAUAUCAGUGCGCCUGUUGACACGAACUUUAUCAUCCCUUCACCAACACCGACACAAUUUACUGACUCUCCUCCGCCAUCGGGUGUCGAGAACCGCUCUCCAAUCUACAUCCACCGUCCCAAGUCAACGAAGCCCAAGAGAAAACGAGUAAUCAACCCAACGCAGAGAAAAGCAGCGAACGUGCGCGAAAGAAAAAGAAUGUUCAACAUAAACGAAGCGUUCGACGAACUGAGAAAGACAGUCCCAACUUUCGCAUACGAGAAGAGGCUUUCCCGCAUCGAAACACUCAAGUUGGCAAUCAUGUACAUAUCAUUUCUCGGCGACGUCGUCAACGGUAAGGAAGUGGACGAAGUACAGCUCAGAAAGUUAAGAAGCAGCUUCAAUCAAUUGACAAGUCUCGGCGUGGACGAUAGUGAAUCCAGUUCUACCGAACAAUUUAAUAGCACCCCCAGUGCUGUGGACUUCAAUUUCAGCCAGUAUUUCACGUCGUAAUAAGUUACUAUAUUUUGUUUUAUUCAAUCUAAAAGUGCAAUCUUCAAUAUCCACCGAUCAUGGUCACUGUUACCAACAUUGUAGAAACAUGCAAUUUUUAAAUACCCGGCCGCUGAUAGUGACAGUUAGCUUAGAAAUCUUACAAUACUACCAUUAACACAUUGGGUAGACAACAAUCAUUUACAUUGUGUUCAUUACAUUGUAUGACCGAUACAUCUGAAAUAUUGCUGGCAUUCCUUGAGUCGGCAUUUUGUGUACAAUUCGGACUAAUUUAUUUUUAUUUUUUUGCCAAACACACUGUCGCUAUGAUUUCCAUCAAUAUGUAACAUUCAUUUGUCCAUGGCAUUAAAAUCAUUAACAAAAAAGCCCGCCCUCCGUGGCCGAGCUUGCACACAAUGAGGGACAUCUUUUAAUUAAGACUGAAGUAAGGGUACUAAUCACCGUUUUGUUCAGUCUUAAUUAAUUAUUAGAACGCAUAGCUAUACUCGGUCUCGUUUUACGGGCUAACGACUCUGGAAUCAUCAGUCUAUAUGACUGCUUUUAUUGACGACUGAAAAUGUUUUAUACUGAAAUAGCCGACAUUUAUUUUGAUAAUGUCUGUUUUAUGUUCACAGAUUUUUAUGUAUUUACUGUUUUAUUGAUAAUAUAAUAUUUAUUAAAAUUAACUUAAGUUUCACCAUA